AUGUCCACCCGUCUUGCCGGCUUCUCCCUUCUAUUGCUGCAAGCCUUCGACGCCGCCGAGCGAUACGCGAAAGAGCGUGGAGGUGUAACCGCGCAUGCCGACAGCCAUCAGUCGGGGAUGAGAUCAAGGGGAGGAUGGACUUCGACACGUCGAUCCACAAGUUUCAUAGCCACAGAGAAGGCAAGGAAGCAACUGCAUCGUCUUUUUCAACGCUGUAUCCGCGACUCUGUGGACGACCUAUGCGACGUGCUCUGCGUAUCGCCGGCCUUGGCAAACGCGCCGCGACAGCGUAGAAUAGAUGCUGCCUUGGCGCCUGUGGAUAUGGGUGCCAACCCACUCAUAAGUGAUGAGAUGAUGGUCAGCUUCCUGGAAGACGUGACCAUUAACUUCCAUGAGCAGCAUGACUCUCUGGGUCGUGCACUCAGUACUGCAGGUUGGGUUUCGGAUUGGAAUCCAGAUUGGAGGACACAAAACCUUGUGUGGACCCUGUUGAAACGAUUGGGGUCACUUACCCCACCAGAAGGGGUUCUCACCGCGCCUUACCAGGGUUUGAAAGAAUCCGCAUUCGCCUGCCUAUUUCAAGGAGAUUAUCUUUCCAAAACACGGAGAAAGUGCAGCUUCAAAGAAUCUCUGCUCAAGUAUCUUCCUUAUCCCGGUAAAUGGGGUGCCGAUCUAAGUUGGUUUGGUUCCGCCGUUUUUAUUAGCAUGCCAAUUGCAUCCCUUGCUCACUCUUGGGAAGAGGGGAAUCGACUGAUUACAUUUUGGAGUCUUUUUGCUGCACUUCUGACCGGCGUUUCUAUCGCUCUUCUGCUUUUGUUUGCGUCAUAUAGAUCCAGAUAUAGCAAUGCGCUUUUGGACAGGGCUGCAAAAGGAACUCCAUAUGAGCGAGGUCGACGAGAUGGCCAUUUCACUGCUGUCAGCAUUCGACCCAAUACCAGUGGGUCAAUGGCUUCUAUCAGCACUGCUCGAAGCACUCAGGAUAAUAUGGAAGUUGUGCUCGGCACGACGUCUUCAGUUCGUGGACAAAGUGAUGUUCAAGUAGAACAGGUAGAAAGUGAAGAUGAGGGAGAGGGACGAAAUGGUAGCAUUCUUCAGUUAUACCAAGCUUCGAUGUUUGUGGAGAGAAUUUAUGGUUCCACUUACAUGGAUGAAACCUGGAUGAUCGGGAUGACUGAGCAACAGCUAAACGAUGCAGUUUCACUGGUGCUACAGACCGCCGGCACACUCGGGCGUCAAACGUCGGCGUUUUCAUUCACAAGCCUUACUAUUGCUACGCGAGGGGUGCCAGAUCCGGAACUGUUUGCGGCGGGAACAAUCAGCAGCGCAGUUCGGGGUGCUCAAGUAACAUUUGCAAUUUUCAGUUUUCUUGGGUCCUUGGCUUUUUCAUGUGGAAUGGUAAGUGCAAUCUUGUCUGACCUGAUUGUACGACAAAUGGCAUUCACCCAAGUGAAGGCAGAUGGCACUAUCCAUGAAUUUGUGAAGAAAUUUGGUUUCUUCAUCCGGUUAAUGGGUACUUUGAAUAGUUGUGCCGGAUUGAGUCUCAUGACAGGUGUGGUGGUGUUACUGCUGAGCAUUUUUAGAGUACAUCCUGUGGCGGUGUUUCCCUUGAGUGCUGCGUGGCUUAUUCUGGGAAGCAUCACCAUCGACUCCUUUUUUACGAAAUACCAUUUCUGGAACAUGUCGGAAAUCAUCAAUGACGUUGGGUCUGUCUUGGACGAUCCAGAUAUUCAGAGCCCAUCACCAAUCACUGGAUCAAUGCAGAGUGUAUCCCGGAAAUUCAAGCAAUGGUUCCGCUCAGCGCGAAAAAAGAAGACGCGACGAAAAGAAAGUGACCUUUGAAACCGAAGAGGUGUGUUGUGUUGCCCGGGGAUGCUCUUUUUACAAUAGAGUCGGACGCAAAGAUUGCCAUCAAUACUAUAUAGAACGACGAACGAAUAGCUAUUCCAAGGUCAGUCGGCGACCUUGUAUCUGACGACCCUCUAAAAGUCGAGAUUUUGGGCGAAAUGACGCACAAGAGUGCGCUGAACAUACAACAGCAAUUGUCGGAUGUAAUCCCGCCACUAAAACGGCUGCUGGAAGAAUUAGAAAAUUGAGUUGCCAUUGAAAAGCCAAUGCAUAGCAGGUAGGUGUAUGUACAGAAGCUUGCUGCAUAACGAGCAUAAGCGAUACAAGAUAAAGAGAUCAAUCUUCCCAGUAGCGAUUUCCGUGAUGGUAGUCAUUAUCAUGCCUUGCCUGUUUGAGAAUUUGGUCGACAUCGGUAAAAUCAAAUUCCUCGUACCGGCCUCUCCUGCUAUCAGACGCCGUCGUUGGUUUCCGUGCCGACAUGUGCAUGGCGUCAAUGCGCAUAGCCUUCGCCACAUCUCUGAUGUCGCUCUUCCGUGAACUGGAAGUCAUGCCAGAAACCCUGAAUAUGGUAACAAACGGAGAAAACUCAGCCGCCUCCCUCCUCAAGCUUCGGAUGUUAUCCUCUAGCUGUCCCCUGAGCAUAUGCAUCUGGGACGAGCUCGACAGAUCAGCUUUUGGAUGCGAGAGGACGGAGACGGUCAAGACGCCGAUCUCGAACAUCUUUGCGACGAACUUAGCCGGGGCGUGGUAGUUGAUGGUGCGGAACUUGGUCCUGCCGAUGGUCUCGUAGGCGUGGCGGUCCGUGCCAACGCAGCAAAAGGCGACGUCGGCCUCCGGGAUCUUGGCGAGGGCGCGGUCGAUAUGGUCGUACGAGACGAUGUGGGCGCGGACCUUGCGCAAGUAGGAGCGGCGGAACUGGGAGAGGAUUUCGGGGUCGGAGCGGGCGAUGAAGUGGACUUUCUCGAUUUCAGAGGAGAGGAGAAGCUCGCGGAGAAGCGCCUGGCCCAGCGCGGUCUCCGCGCCGCACACGACGGCAAUCUUCGGGAAGGAGCGCGAGAGCGCGAUGGGCUCGUAGAUGGAAGUCAUGGUGGGGCGUGGGAUGGCAGUGCUGGGGGUGCGGGGCAGGGGUGGGAAGACAGG